AAGUAUCAAUUCACAUCAAAAAAAAUUUGAGGUUAGGUUUUUGACAAUUUCAAAAAGUAUUAAAAAAACGUGAGUCCGUGCGAUGUGUAAACGUUGUAAACAUGUGUAGCGUUAAAUUAAUACGAUAAUAAACCAUAAAGCACAUUCAUGCAUGUCGCUAGGUAGAUUAGGGUUAAACGUCUUAAAGAAAUUGUCCCAAAAUUCCACGAGAAACACCAUCACCUCGUUUCGGUUAUUUAGCAAAGACACGAUGACGAAGAAAAGAGCAAGUAAAGUUAAUUCGGGCUCUCGAAUUUCAACGGCUUCCGCUAAGUCUGUACAAUUGAAAAAUUAUAUCACAUUGAAUACUCCGAUUAAAAGCGCGAGUGAUAAUAAAUCGUACAGGGUAAUUAGGUUAGAAAAUGGUUUAACAGCUUGUUUAAUUUCUGAUUUAACGGAAGAUGUGGAUUUAAAUAAAAAAGCUGAAAGCGAUUCAGAGUCGGAAUAUGAAACAGAUUCGGAAGGUGACGACGAUGCAGGGCCAAUAUCUGAUUUAGAAGCAAGCGAAAGUGAACAUGAAGGACCAAAAAUGAAGAAAGUUUCUAAUGUUGAGCAAAAAAUGGCUGCAGCGGCUUUAUCAAUAAACGUGGGUAGUUUUAGUGAUCCGUUAGAGGUUCCUGGUUUGGCACACUUUUUAGAACACAUGGUGUUUAUGGGGAGUAAAAAAUAUCCUAGGGAGAACGAAUUUGAUUCCUUCAUCAAGAAAAGAGGUGGUUCUGAUAAUGCUUCAACUGAUUGCGAAUUGACAACAUUUCAUUUUGAAACAAUGGAUAAACAUUUAUUUAAUGGCCUUGAUCGUUUUGCCCAAUUCUUUAUUGAUCCAUUAAUGCAUAAGGAAUCAAUGACACGUGAAAGAGAGGCCAUUGAAUCUGAAUUCCAAAUCGCUCUGCCGUCCGAUAAUUUUCGCAAGGAACAACUUUUAAUGAGUCUUUUUAACCCGGAAGUACCAAUUUGUACUUUUUCUUGGGGAAAUUUAAAAACACUGAAAGACAAUAUUAACGAUGAUGAUCUUUAUCUGAGAUUACACGAGUUCCGGAAACGACAUUAUUCCGCUCAUCGGAUGACUUUAGCCAUACAAGGCCGAUUUUCGUUGGAUACUUUACAAUCGUUUGUCUUAAAUUGCUUUUCAAAUGUACAAACGAAUAAUGAACCCCCCAUUGAUUUUACGGUGUAUCAGAAUAAGAUAUUUAAUACACCAAAUUUUAAGCAAAUUUAUUAUGUUGAACCUGUUAAAGAUAUUACUCAGCUUGAUAUUGUGUGGGUUUUACCACCUCAAUUCCAUUUGUAUAAAUGUAAACCACAACAAUACUUGUCUUGGUUGUUGGGACAUGAAGGAAAAGGAAGUUUAUUAUCAUAUCUAAAGAAAAAGUUAUGGGGUUUAGCAGUUUAUUGUGGCAAUGAUGAUUCCGGUUCAAACAGUAAUUCAAUUUACUAUUUAUUCACAAUGAACAUUGUGUUAACUAAAGAAGGUUUAAAUGCUAUAGAUAAAGUCAUAGAAGCGAUUUAUUCCUACAUAAAAAUGUUAGUUGUGUUAGGUCCACAAAAACGAAUCUAUGAUGAAAUAAAAUUAGUUGAAGAGGUGUCAUUUAAAUUUAGAGAAGAAGAAGUUCCUGCUGAUUACGUCGAAUCGUUGGUGGAAAAUAUGCAUUAUUAUCCUCCUGAGCAUUAUAUUGCGGGUCCCGAACUUUAUUUUGAAUAUGACCCCAAAGCGAUUCAAGACACAUUAACUUAUUUAAAUGUUAAUAAUAUGAAUGUGAUGGUUUCAACGCCCGUUUUACCUGUAGGAAUAGAUUAUGAUCAUUUGGAGCCAUGGUUUGAAACAAACUACGCAAUUCAAAAUAUUCCUGAUGAGUGGAAAUCAAGAUGGGCGAAUGUAGAAGUUUUUAAAGAGAUGCAUUUACCAGAUCUAAAUCAAUUUUUAACCAAUGAUUUCUCACUUUUACCAACACUGGAACCAAAAAUGGCGUUUCCACAGAAGAUUAUUGAUGAUGUGGGAAUGGAAAUUUGGUAUAAAAAGGAUGAUAAAUUCAAUUUUCCUGUUGCUAGAUAUUGUUAUACUUUGUUGAAUCCUAUUAUAGUUGAAAGUCCAUUAGGAGCUAGUUUAACAGAUAUUUUUGUAACAUUACUUGGAAUUCAAUUAGCUGAAGAAGUUUAUCCCGCAAUAUCGGCAGAAUUAGAUUAUUCAAUAACAGUUGGAGAUACAGGGAUAAUGCUUCGAUUUUAUGGUUAUAACGAAAAAUUACCUACUUUAGGUGUAUUGAUUGCAAAAUAUUUAAAAAACGUCCAUGAAAACUUAACCCCGGAAUUAGUGGCCGCGGUAAAAGAAAAACAACUAAAAUAUUACCACAACAGAUUCCUAAAACCAAACAACCUCGCUAAAGAUUUACGUUUAAGUGUUUUGUGUAAUGGACAUUGGACUUCGAUUGAGAAACACACUGCUUUACUUGAUGCUACCUUUGAAAUGGUACAAUCUUUUUCAAAGGAUUUAGUUUGUUGCUUACACAUUCAAGGUUUAAUUCAAGGAAAUGUUAGCGAAAAGGUCGCUAGAGAUACAACUAUGGAUAUUGUUAACGUUUUACAAUUUAAAAUGUUGCCAAUAAAUAAUAUUCGUAAAAUGAUUGUAAAUAAAAUCCCAAUCUCAUCAGAACAUGCAAUUCGUACAAUGUCGUUUAAUCAAAACGAUUCAAAUUCAAUAAUAACGAAUUAUUAUCAAUGCGAUUCUUCGGAAUUAAAAGAUUUUGUUUUAAUCGAAUUGAUUUUGAUGAUGGCGGAAGAACGUGCUUUCGAUAAAUUACGCACGAAGGAACAAUUAGGUUAUAAUGUUUACACAACCGUUCGAGAUACAUUUGGUAUCUUAGGAUUUUCAAUAACUGUUAAUGCUCAAGCAACUAAAAAUACCACCGAUUACAUCGAUAAACGUAUCGAAGCUUUUAUGGAUUAUAUGAAUAAAUCAAUAAAAAAAAUGCCCGAUAACAAAAUGAAUCAAGUUAAGCGAGAUUUAAUUAAAUUAAAACGAAUGGCGGAUACUGAAUUGGAAGAGGAGGCUGAAAGAAAUUGGAGUGAGAUUUGGUCGAGGGAGUAUUUGUUUGAUCGAGAAGAACGUGAGGCAAAAAUUAUUGAGGAAUUAAAAAAUUCGGAGAUUCGUAAAUUUUUUGAGGAUCAUACCACGGUUGGGAGUAAAAGGUUUUUGAGGAAACUUAGUGUUCAAGUUGUUGGACAUAAAGAGAAAGAUGAUAGGGGAAGAUCGAAACGUUCAACUUCUCCAGGUGAUCCCACUCCGGGUGAAGAGAAAAAAUUUUCUAUUAAUUUAUUGGGACCGAUUGGUAAUGAAGAAACGCCUGAGGAGUAUUUUAUUAGGGAUGUUUUAGAGUAUCGACAAAGGUGUGAACCUCUUGUAGGAAAAUAUUAACAACCCAAAUAAAUUUUUAAGUUUAUAAUUUA